AGGUUUGGGUUGUGGAUCUCCUCAGGGCUAUCGAUUUGGCGUCUGAUACAACAUGAUUACGGGGGUAACUCUGAUGGAGAAUCAAACCUGAAUCCGGCGAUGGACACCUUGUACUACCUUGCUCUGUUCCAAGGGGUGCUCUUCUGCUAUAAGCUCUUUUUAUCUCACGCGACGAAAGGUCUGUCUAAGGUACUGCUCCCAGAACCUGUUGACGACAAUGAACAUGAAGUAGUUUUGGUAUACUGUAACGAAAUAAGGAUCGGGUGCGAGAAGGACCCAUCGUUCGCGAGAGGAAGGAACCUAGUCACACACGCUGUUGACAUGAUCGGGUCCAACUCAUGUGCUGAGAGUCUUUACGGGGUAAAGAUGCUGUACACAGCCAUAUGCAUGGGGGAGAGGAAACUGAAGGAGGCAAGAGUCAAGGGAGACGAGGAUGAUUGUGCUACCCGAUGGACACAGAUCAUUGGGCAACGCAUGAUAAUGAAAAAUCUGAACAUAUCCGCAUCCUCUGCACCCGUACUACAGAAACUGUUGCAGACGCUGGAUCCCCGGGGCGCAUUUGACAGAGAAACCAGGAGCCACGGCGCAACGAUAGUGGCCUACCUAGCUAUGGACAUCCAUUUGGAGCAAUUCCCGGGGGAGAUUCAGUAUAUAAGUAGCCUGAUCGGGAGUUUCGAAGAAUACCGUCUAAUCGAGCCAUACCAUAGAGACCGGCUGCUACGCAGACAUGACCAAGAUUGGGAUCGACAAGCCAGUCGCCUUCCGUCACCGGGCAACGAUGCCAGUAGUCUCCGGGAGGCCUACGAGAAGCUGGUGCUGACAGGAUUGUGCAUCCUCCGGAAGCUGGCGACCCACGAGAACAACUGCAGAAUCAUGAGCCAGACCCAAGGUCUGAUCCCAAAGAUCAUGGCGCCUCUGACCUCUGACAUAAUCCACCGAUUUAGUGGUGGUGCAUGGUCCGCUAGCGCAGUAGAGGAGUCCCUGAAGGUCAUGUUCCGGCUCGUGGCUGCUCCUGGAGAGACUGGGGUCAAGCUGCGUCAAGAAAUCUCAAGCAACAAGGAGGCAAUCAGCACCAUGGAGAGGAUUCUCAACUGUGAGUGUGACACUUGCUGUGCAAAGCUGCAGAAAGGAGCCAUGGGGAUUCUCAUGCAACUACGCAUGGACAACCCGGAAAACAUAGCAGCUUUCAUCAAGAUGCUAGUAGACAUCUUCGUCGAUGAUACCAAGGACAGGUCCAUCAGAAACUUGGCAGGUGAAUCACUGGCAAAGUUAUCUAUCCAAGGCGGAAGCAAUACAAGUAUUAUAGUGCAGCUGAACGGCGACAUUGUUGGUAGCCUCAUCAAGAUACUACUUCUAGAUGAUGCUGAGAACAAUACAUGCAGGGUAAGAGCAGCUGAAAUCCUGGAGCAAAUGUGUAUUCAUCAUACACAAGAUGAUGAUACUCUCGGUAAACUUAAGAAGGGCAUGACCGAUACAAUGCCCAAGGUGCUUGCACAGAUACUUCAUUGUGGAUUGACCAAAGAUGAAACACAUGGACUAACAGAAACAGAGCAGAUCGAAUUCCCAGAAAAGGAAAUUGACAUAGAAAACCAACAACACAAUGUGGAGGACGAAACCUGUUCUUUCAUUCAGCCUCAAAACAACGACGACGAAGGUGAGGUGGAGGUGGAGAUGGACAUGGAGGUAGAUGAGUUGGACAAUGAAGAGGACGAGGAAGUCCACGCACCCCUGUUAUCUCUCUUUGUGACGGUAUGCGACACAUUCAUCAGUGCUGAUCAAGAUUUGGCCAGUCAGUUUGGUGCAGUUGAUGCAGUUAGUCUUCCAAAUAAGCUCAAGGACAUGGUAGCAGAAAACAGCAUUCCGACGGUACCUUGCCUUAGACUGAUGAAGCUUGCAUGUAAGAUGGUGAUAUCAAUGAUGAAACACAGGGGCAGGUACCUAAAAGAAGACCUGGAGAGCUUGACCGAAGCACUAUCCAGUGCUUCUGAAAGCAUGUCUCUUGUUGACGUAUCCAUGGUUUUUGCAAGCGAAGAUGAUGGCGCAGCAACGACAAUGAAGCCUGUCAGGAGUCUCGAUUCCCUCGUGAAGGAAGCUAAGGAAAGUGUAGAUGCAUACUUCAAGGCACAAGAAUCUGGAAAUAUAGAGCCAUUUACCUCCAUCGACGGGUGACCCUGAUCAAGUUAAGACUCACCUGAUAAAAUCUUUACUCCAUUAUUAUCCAUUGUGUGUUGGCUCCUAAGUGUACCAGCUCA